AGACCUACACCACAGAAUGAAGCUAUAACAGUACAUUUCAAGCCAGUUACGUUAAAAGCCUCUGAAAGUAAAUAUACCAAAGUUGCAAGUAUUAGCUUUGAUGCAUCAAAAGCAAAAAAAGCAUCACAGUCUUCUGGGAAAAUAACUGUUAAAGCAAAAGAGAAGAGCUACUCCAAACUUGAAAUACCGUAUCAAGCAGAAGUGUUGGAUGGGUAAGCUUGCAGUAUCUUUCACAUCCGUGACAGUGCUGCUGAUUCCGUGGAAAGACUGAUCUAUCUAACAAACACGUUCAGUUUUGCAGUCCUUAUACAUGAUGUUGUGUUACCAGAGGAAGCAAAACCAAUGUUUAAAGUCCAGAACUUCAGCAAACCAGUCUUAAUUCCACCUAAUGAAUCCAGAUAUAUUUUUACACUUCAUUUUAUGCCUUCCACAUCAUCUGUUCAUAUAGAUAAUAAUAUUUUACUUAUCACCAAUGCUUCUAAAUUUCACCUGCCUGUCCGAGCAUACACAGGAUUUCUAGAUUACUUUGUACUGCCUCCAAAAACUGAGGAACGGUUUAUAGAUUUUGGCAUAUUGAGUGCAACAGAAGCUACUAGCAUUUUAUUUGCAGUCAUCAACAGCAAUCCGAUAGAGCUGGCUAUAAAAAGUUGGCAUAUUAUAGGGGAUGGUUUGGCCAUAGAACUUCUAACAACUGAAAAGGGAAACAGAACAACAAUAAUUGCAAACCACCACGAACUACAGAAUGCUGGUGCAUCUGAUCAGUCUUCAGCAAUACUAGCAUCGGGUUAUUAUGCUGUGUUUAGAGUAAAACUAACAGCGAAAGAACUUGAAGGAAUUCAUGAUGGAGCUGUACAAAUCACGACAGAUUAUGAGAUUUUAACUAUACCAGUGAAGGCAGUGAUUGCUGUUGGCUCGCUGACCUGCUCCCCAAAACAUGUGUUUCUUCCACCUUCUUUUCCAGGGAAAGUGGUUCACCAGAGCCUGAACAUUAUGAACUCCUUUUCUCAGAAAGUGAAAAUACAACACAUACGCUCCCUGUCAGAAGAUGUAAGGUUUUAUUAUAAGAGGUUAAGAAGUAAUAAAGAAGAUUUAGAGCCAGGAAAAAAAUCAAAGAUUGCAAAUAUUUAUUUUGAUCCUGCUUUACAAUGUGGAGAUCAUUGUUAUGUAGGAUUGCCUUUUCUAUCUAAAUCGGAAUCUAAAGUUCAGCAUGGUGUAGCAAUGCAAGAAGAUGCAUGGGAUUCUGACUGGGAUUUGCACGAGUACUUAUUUAAAGGAUGGACAGAAAUAAAAGAGAACACAAGCCAUAGACUGAAUGCUGUAUUUGAAGUAGACACAGAUCUUCAGAAGGAUGUCCGGUUGCAAAUUACAGCAGAAAUGGCCUGGCCUUCCAUACUUAGUUCACCACGCCAUCUCAGCUUCCCUCUUACCAAUACGAACAGUUCAUCAGAAGAAGAAAUUUUUCUAGAAAACCCAGCUGAUGUUCCUGUGUAUAUUCAGUUCCUUCCUGUAGCUCUGUAUUCUAACCCAUCCGCCUUUGUUGAUAAAAUGUUAGAACGGUUUAAUUUGAGCAAGCCAACUAAUUUCAAUCUGAGGACUCUAGAGUUCCAGGUCUUCAGAAAUUGCGUCCAGCCACUACAGAGCACAGUAGGACUUACAAAGAGCCUGGCUCGUCAUUCAGUUUUAAGCCUAAUAUUAAAACCUGGUGAGAGAAAGUCUGUCAAAGUAAAGUUUACUCCAGUUCUUAAUAAAACUGUUUCAUCGUUGAUUGUUAUCAGAAAUAAUUUGACUGUAAUAGAUGCCAUAAUGGUACAAGGGCAAGGAACUACUGAGAGCUUGAAGGUUGCAGGCAAACCUCCCGGUGCAGGAAGUUCUUUACGCUUUAAAAUCACAGAAGCAUUAUUAAAAGACUGUUCAGAAAAAAUGAAAUACAAAGAACCGAAUUUCACACUGAGAAGAACAUUUAAAGUGGAAAAUACAGGGCAGUUGCAGAUUAAUGUGAAAACUAUGGAAAUCAGUGGCUAUACAUGUGAAGGAUAUGGAUUUAAAGUCGUUAACUGUCAUGAGUUUGCACUAAGUGCCAAUUCCUCUAAAGACAUUGUCAUAUUGUUUACACCUGACUUCACUGCUUCCAGAGUCAUACGUGAAUUAAAAUUCAUCACCGCGGGAGGCUCUGAAUUCAUAUUUAUCUUGAAUGCUUCCCUUCCAUAUCACAUGUUAGCAACAUGUGCAGAAGCACUACCCAGGCCCAACUGGGAGUUGGCACUGUACAUAAUCAUCUCAGGAAUCAUGAGUGUACUCUUUCUCUUGGUAAUUGGAACAGCCUAUCUAGAAGCUCAAGGAAUAUGGGAGCCAUUUAGAAGACGUCUGUCCUUUGAGGCCUCAAACCCUCCCUUUGAUAUGGGAAGGCCACUUGAUCUCAGGAGAAUAGUUGGAAUUUCAUCUGAUGGAAACUUGAAUCCGCUUGGAUCAGAUUCUAAUCACGGUUCAUCCAGAGGGAUCUAUGGAGCGGGCAGUUCGUCUUCACGAUCCAGUGCAGGGAAUCAUAAACAAUGCAAUGCAGCAGCACACCUUCACAGCAAUAGAAAUGCACCUGAUGUUGAAAACAUCAAAUCCAAAACCAGUUCAAGCAUACCUAACAGGACUUCAGCACAAGCAGCUUCCGUGCAGUCAGUGACCAGAGCGGGCCCCUUUACCUUGGAUUCAGGUGCCACAUCUCAGACUCAUGCUGCAGGCAAAAGAGCCAAGGGGACGCGGCAGAACCAGCAGCUGAUGCCGCAGCAGGCACCGGCUGUGGCAGAGCAGCCCCUCCAGCAACCCCCAGCAUCCGGGCUCCCGCAGCAAGAGCAACAGACUGAAAGUGCUUUGCCACAGCUGCCGCUUCUCAGCCCGCCUCAUGCCGAAUGUGCCAGCAGCAGAAGGCACAGCUCGGAGGAUUCAGAUCUCACUGGGCUCAUAGAAACGAUGGAAAAAGACUUUGACCACCCAGAAUCCCCUUCCCCAGAUGUGUUUACAGAGCAGCCCCCAUCUCCGCUAGCAAAAAACAAAGGGAAAGGGAAAAUACUUCAGCGCAAGGCUAAGCCGCAGAAGAAGCGGGAAGAAAAGGACAGAAGAGGGAAAGGAAAGCAACAGGAGGAUGAACUGAAAGACUCCUUGGCAGAUGAUGACAGUUCUUCAACCACAACCGAAACCUCCAACCCAGAUACAGAACCACUUCUCAAAGAGGAACCUGAAAAACAAAAGGGAAAAGUUAUACCAGAAAAACCUGAAAAUGAAAUAAUACAAGUAAAACAGAAAACUAAAAGACUGCUAACAAGUAUCAAGAAAGAAAUCCCUAUAGAUGUGAAAACCAGUUCCUUGGAACUGUCUUAUACUCCCCCGCUGGAAAACAAGCAGCGCAAAACCUUUCCAUCCAAGAUACCUACACAGCACCUUUUGACGAAUGUGUCUAAAUCAAGAAACCUCCCCAAAACGAGAGGUCCAAACAGUAAGCUAAUGGAGAACAGGCCAUCAGUAUUAGCAAAAUUUCUCCCCGGUGGUUCUGGACCAGAGCUAGGAAACACCAGCAGCUCAGAAGGGGAAAAGGAUUCUCCACCACCAGAGUGGGACUCAGUGCCUCUUCACAAAGCUGACAGCUCUACGGACAACCUUUAUAAACUCUCUCUGCAAACCCUGAACGCAGAUGCUUUCCUGAAACAGCGACAGCCCUCGCCGACACCCGCCUCUCCAUCUCCUCCUCCUCCUCCCGCAUCGUUUGCUUUUGGGCCACGAGGAGGCACUUACAGCAGCAUUGUGAACAGCAGCUGCAGCAAUGAAACGAAAAGCAAGCAGCCUAAUGGUACCAAACAUAAGCUGGCAAAGGCAGCUUCUCUUCCAGGCAGGAAUGGCAACCCCACUUUUGCUGCUGUAGCUGCGGGUUAUGACAAGAGCCCAGGUGGUAGUGGUUUACCAAAGGUUUCUCCAAGCAAGACGGAUGUUUCCAGCAAUAUCAGCGUUUCCCACACAGCUGUUGACAGUGAUGGCUCUGACAGUUCAGGCUUGUGGAGUCCUAUCAGCAAUCCCAGCAGUCCUGACUUCACACCUCUCAACUCAUUCUCUGCAUUUGGACAUUCUUUUAACUUAACUGGAGAGGUUUUUAGCAAACUUGGUUUAGCUCGAUCUGCUUAUGGGCAGGAUGUUCAGAGAAACUGGAAUGAAUUCAAUAAUGUUCCAUCAUCCAUCUGGGAUCCUUCAGCUACAGAUUCUGUACCCUCCUGGCCAACAAGCUCGAGUUCUCCAACUCAUACAACUGCAUCGAUCCUUGGCAACCCAAGUGGCCUGUGGUCCACCACUCCAUUCAGCAGUUCCAUUUGGUCAAGUAACCUCAACAGUGGCCUUCCCUUCACCACUCCAACAAACGCGCUGUCAGGCAUUGAUCUCAUGGGUAGUGAAAACUCCGCUGCUCCUUCUCCGCCCACUGCUGCCACCGUUGCCAACCCUGCUGAAGACAUGGGACAGACCUACAAUCCUUGGAGAAUUUGGAGCCCAACAAUUGGAAGAAGAAGUUCAGAUCCUUGGUCUAAUUCACACUACCCUCAUGAAAACUGAAGUUAAGCAAAAGGAAAGAACUCUUACCAAGUCAUGAUACAAUUCUGAAUGCAAAUUUUUGAAACAUCAUUUUCAGGCUGUUGCUGGUCAUUGCAUUUUUAUUCCCUGCCCCCCACCCCCGCCUUGCCCCCAGUCAUGCUUUCAUCACUUGCUCCUUUUUAAAGUCUGUCCUGCAAUAUGGUAGUGUGAGACUGCAGAUAAGCUUGAAAAAGUCUCUGUGUGGUCACAAAUCCCAAUUACAGCUGAAGCCUGUAAAUCUGAACAAUUUCACUGUUUUCAUAUUUUAUCAUCCGCCAUCUUUAUUUAGGCAACAAUUUGAACUAUAAAACAGUCCUGGCAUGCAAUACUUUUAUGGAAAGUACCUGUUUGGAUUUUUAAAUUUUUUUCCAGUAUUAUCCUCCAAGUUCUAAUUUAAAAUCAAAAGGCACUUUGUGCUAAAAUGCAGAGUAUUUUUUUAAAAUAAGGCUGUCUUUGUUAACACAGGUUCUAAGAAUGUUAAAAA